AUGCUUUUAUAUCCCCUCUACGCGUCGAUGAGGGCAAUCGAGAGCCCUUCGACCCUUGAUGAUCAACAAUGGCUCACUUACUGGGUUCUCUACUCUUUCAUAACCCUUUUCGAGCUCUCUUGUUGGAAAGUUCUUCAGUGGCUUCCUUUCUGGCCAUACGCGAAGCUUCUAUUCUGCCUGUGGCUGGUGUUGCCGAUCUUCAACGGAGCAGCUUACAUAUACGAGAAUUACGUGAGGACGUACGUGAAAUUCGGAGGGAAUGUGGGCUCGAAUUAUCCGGAAGGUCAGAAAAAGGUUCUCCAAAUGAUGAGCCUUGAUGCAAGAAGAUCUGUCGAGAGAUACAUUCAGAAAUAUGGCAACGAAGCAUUCGAAAGAGUCGUCAAGGUGGCUGAGAAAGAAGCAAGAAAACACUAA